AUGAGUCAAGGUCCAGGCAGACGCAUCAAGGCAGCCCAACUAAAUCCCAUCCAAUCCAAUCCAAUCAACCCCAAUGAAUCCUGCGAGGCGAAGUUCGCAGGAGGUGGGUCAGGUGCAACUCAGGCUCAGCUCAGUGCGGUGCCCGAGCGGGAUACGCCAACACAUGAGGCUCUUCAGCUAGGUUGGCGGGGGCCUAUAAAAGAGUGGAGUGUGCUUUGA